AUGAGCCUUCGCUCCUCAUGGACGGUCCGCCACGCCGCGGGCGAGCCCCUCGCCGUUGUGCGCGUGCGCAACCUGCAGAGCACCGUCGUGGGGCCGCAGGACGCUUGGGGCCGCGAGAAGCUGCUGCAGCCGCUGCUGGUGUCGGCUGAGCUGCACUUCUCGCGAGCCUUCGGCGCCGCCGCCGCCGCCGACAACGUGACCAGCGGCGACACGGUGCACUACGGCUCGCUGAGCAAGCUGAUCCUGGCCUGCGUCGACAAGUCAAACCAGCACGCCGAGUUCCAGGACGCCAACAUCGACCUCCGCGUGCUGCUCGAGAUGAUCUGGAUCGUCCUCACCGGCCGCAACGUCGACGGCGCCGACGCCGAGCCCGAGGCCGCCCCGCUGCUGGACCGCUCCCGCCUCAGGUACAUCUCCCUGACCGUGUGCCUGCCCAAGGCCUCGCUCCUGGGCGAGGGCGUGAGCCUGACCGCCUCCAACGUCUAUGCGCCCUUCACCGUUGGGCCCGCGGCGCUGUCCAUGUAUGGGCUCUGCCUGAAGCUCCACAGGCUGCGGGUGCCCGUCUUGAUAGGGGUUAACGCCAACGAGAGGCAGGCGAAGCAGUUUGUCGUUGUCGACGUGGAGGUUGACAAGCUUGAUUACUACCCUGACAUCUAUUGCGAGCUGGAGAAGAUUGUCGUCCAGGCCCUGGAAAAGUCCUCCUUUGAGACGCUUGAGGCCCUUGGUGCGCAUCUGACCAACACCGUUACGAAAGACUUCAAGCCCAACCCUGACGAGCUCUUUACCGGUGACGAGGGCUGGCAAGUGAAGGUCAGCAUGGAGAAGCCCACCGCUGUUCCAUUUGCCGACUGCCCGGUCGUUGAGGUUCGAGCUUCUGCAGCGGUCACCAACGGCAACCGGUCACACCGCUAA